ACGAUCGAGGCAGCAGUCCGGCGAAGGCGAUGGCCGCAUUGUUCUCGACGAAGCUAGGGCGUCAGGCGUCCGGGUACCUGCAGGACAAGUACAAGCAGGCGAGGCUCGCCCUCGGCGACGUCACGCCGGCAGAGCUGGCUGUGCAGGAGGCGACCAACGACGACGCGUGCGUCCCGGACGCCAAGACGCUGACGUCCAUCGCGGAGGCCGCCUUCGACAUCGACGACUACUGGCGGAUCGCCAACGUGCUCCACCGCCGCCUCGGCUGCGUCCACGACUGGAAGGAGUGGCGGCCCGUGUACAAGGCGCUCGUCGUCCUCGAGUUCCUCCUCACCCACGGCCCCGAGGAGCUCCCCGGGGACUUCCUCCCGGACAUGCAGGCCCUGCGCGACCUCCGCGGCUUCACCUACACCGACGACAAGGGCUUCGACUGGGGCGCCUCCAUGCAGCGCCGGGCCGACAGCGUCGUUGGCCUCCUCACCGACGCCGACCGGCUCAAGGACGCGCGCCACAGGGUCCGCUCCUUCUCCCACGACGGCGGCAGCCCGACCUCCUCCGUCGCCUCCUCGGCCUCCUCGCGGGCCUCCCGCGGCACCUGGUCCUUUGCGUCAUCCUCGCCGCACUACUCCGAUAGCCCCACCUUCGUCUGCCUCUGCGGCCCCAGCGUCGACUACCGCCAUGACAAGAAGUUCGACGCUUACACCGCCGACGACAAGCGUGAUCUCGUCCACGACGAGGAGGUUGACGACUACCCGACCCCGCACAGCCAAGGAAGCUGGCUCGAGGAAUCGACCACCUUGUCCGGCUCCCCGGUCAGCUGCUGCAGCACCAGAAGCGCCGGCGGUGGCAGGAGGGCGUCCGGCUUCAAUAGCUUGUCUCAGCCUGAGAGAAGGAACAGCAGCAAGAAGCUCCAGCGCCAGCUUUCCUUGCACUAUUAAUUAGUUGCCUUAUUCAUUCAUCCUUCAUCCAUCAUUUUAAUUUGUUGCUCAAGUGUAAUCUUUUUUUUUUGACGAGGCUGAAGUGUACUCUUUGUUUUGCUUGCUAGAUUCCACCCGUUGCGCCGCUGGUGCAAGUACCUCAAUCACCUCAAAAUUUAGUAGAUUUCUAAUAUUUCAUUAGCCAUUAGUCUCUGUUGAAAGAGUUUCUUCUCAAGAAAUAGGCCCACAACUUUUCUUUCGCCGG